UCAAGGAGCAAAUCAGCCUCGGACGCAGGCUGGGAGGCAUCUGAGCGCACUGGACGAAAAACAUCCAGAGCAAAAGCAAAAAAAUAUUAUUAAAGCUUACUUCUCUUAAUGCUUUUACGUGAGUUUAAAGUAUGCAGAUACGUGAAUCACGCAGGUUUCAACGUGGCGUAAAAGUGUGACCCGACAAGCGUCGUGCGUAAAAGUUUGCUUUAUCCUUUUGGAGAUCAUGCGCAGCUUCUCGGGGCCGUGCACGAGAGUCGGAGAUGCAGCCCUGCACGGGACUAUCUUGGCCGGACCCUCGCUGUUCUCAGACAUGCCAUUGUCCUGCCGAGGCUCAUCUGAUCCCGGAUUGGAAGCCUGCACGGACCCGAUGAGGCACACGUCUCCACCGGAGCAGCGGUCUUUGGUUUUGCGCAGGCCUCCCGGGACUCUGGAGGAAGGGGAGAUGACGGAGGACGAGCCGAAGGUAUAUUUGGAAGCCAGCGACCUUUGGACACAGUUCCACGAAUGCGGCACUGAAAUGGUCAUUACGAAAUCUGGGAGGCGCAUGUUCCCGCCGCUCAGGGCCAGGUGCGCCGGCAUGGACAGAAAAGCCAAGUACGUUGUCCUGAUGGACAUCGUGGCGGCCGACGACUGCAGAUAUAAGUUCCACAACUCCCGCUGGAUGGUGGCGGGGAAGGCGGACCCGGAGAUGCCCAAACGCAUGUACAUCCACCCGGACAGCCCGGCCACGGGCGAGCAGUGGAUGUCCAAAGUUGUCAACUUCCACAAACUGAAACUGACCAACAACGUGUCCGAUAAACACGGAUUUACAAUUCUAAACUCGAUGCACAAGUAUCAGCCACGAUUUCACAUCGUGAAGACAAACGACAUCUUGAAACUUCCCUACAGCACCUUCAGGACUUAUGUCUUCUGUGAGACAGAGUUCAUCGCAGUGACAGCUUACCAAAACGACAAAAUAACGCAGCUGAAAAUUGACAACAAUCCUUUCGCUAAAGGAUUCCGAGACACGGGCAACGGGAGAAGAGAGAAGAGGAAACUACAACAUCCAUCACAAAAGUCUAAAGAGACGCGGAUGACUGAGGAGAAAUCUGAACCUGUAAAGGAAUCAUCUUCACAACAUUCAGUCGAUUCCAAAUCUUCAGAUGCUCAUGAAGGUGACGGUGACAAAGGUGAAAAGGCUGAGGACGAUCCUGGACAAGAGAUCAGUGAGACACAGACUAAGUCGAAGGGCCCCACAGAGGAGAGGACAGCACAGACUCCGGUUGGGGCUCAGACAGAAUCAGAGCCCAGACAAACCCACGUCAUCAGUAUAUUAACUGAUGGAGCCGGUUGCUACGAGCAACAAGACUCUGAGAGGGAACAAGUGAGCAAAUCCUGCAGCGGUGUCGCACACAGCCCAGUUUAUCCACCGGAACUGAACAGACAUCUGCGGGAUCCCAGUAUCCCCAACAGUCUUCUCCACUCUGCUCAGGUAAACACCUGGAACAGCUGUGCCGCCGUGGAUGGAGCAGCGCCGUGUGGACUGAGACUGGCAGCACCUGUUAGGACUCCAGGAACUCCAGGGUUCCCCAUCGGCCUUCAACGGCACGCACCACUACAGGAUCUGGUGAGCCUCUCACACUUUGGAGGCUUCCUGUUUUAUCCCUACUCCAGCUUCUCUGCAGCAUCAGCCCAGUACCUCAUCCCACCGACACCGUCCAGAGUGGACUUCAGAGCCUAUCCAGGCGUCCACAGCCGGGACUACUUCCCCUCUCACAUGAUGUCCUCCACUGUUCCUGCUUUGGGUGUUGGUGGAUUGAAAUAUCUCGCCCCAGAGUUGCUAACACUACCCAAAACAGACCAGAAGGACUCAGGGGACGACGCUGAAAUUGAUUGACAGGGUUUAAGAACUGACUUGAGAGCAGUCACUCUUGAUUUAAAGUGUCUCCGCCUGCAUGCAGUACACCCGCUCCCAGAAUGAAAAGAGAUGCAACGGAAUGCUGUUCUUUUGUGGGAACGACACUGAACUUGUUUCAAAAUGAAAGUUUUGUAUCGGUAAAGUCUCAUCCAUCUGCAUCUUAUUGCCUUUAUGAAUGAAGAGUGAAUGACUGUGGUGCAACGAGCAUUUUAUUUCUACAAAUGUAACUAAGUUUAUAAAUUACAUCUGAUGUGAUUUUAUGGAAAUGAGGUGCUGCGUAGUGGAUCAUAAGGGGCUGAAUUAACUGCUCUCUAAAUUCAGAAAAUGUCUUACAUUUAAACCCAGACAGAGUUUCUCGUUAAAAUUUGUACUAUUAA